AUGGGGCGGUCAGUGGCGCCGAAGGGGAGCUGGCGGUGGGGAGCGGGAGCCGGGCACCAAAGACCCUUCCCACCAGCCACCGGGCGGUUCAUGUUAAUGCUGAAACCCCAGCGCUGCGUAUCUGCGAUCCUUGCUACAAGACGGCAGAAGGCCACCCAAAAGCUGCUGGUUUCGGGGACGGCCUUGCCACCUGGCGAAGCGAGGCCUGUUGGGGCAAAGGGCGGGCGGAGGGGCUAUGCGUUACACCCGCAGCGUCGCGGAGCUAACGUUUGUUUUAUACCAGGGUUCAUCUCCACGCAGACUAUUUCUCGUCUGACAUCAGAUGAGGUGAUUCAAAUGCGCAACGAGCUCUUUACCAAAGAGAAAGAGAGACAGUUAUCCCUGUAUCCACGAAUUGAGAAAAUCGAAGUAAAAUACACUGGGAAGUCUCACCCUGGCAGUGUGUUUGUGAUGAACAAAGCUUUGUCUACUCCAUACAAUUGUGCCAUGCACUUAAGUGAAUGGCAUUGCAGGAAAUCCGUCCUAGCUCUUGUGGAUGGUGAAGUCUGGGAUAUGUAUAGACCCUUGACCAAAUCAUGUGAAAUUCAGUUCCUAACUUUCAAAGAUGAAGAUCCAGAGGAAGUAAACAAGGCCUAUUGGCGUUCCUGUGCCAUGAUCAUGGCAUGUGUGUUAAAACAGGCGUUCAAAGAUGAGUACUCAGUGACUCUGAUUAAAGCUCCAGAAGUGCCAGUGAUCUCUGGAGCUUUCUGUUAUGAUGUAAUUUUGGACAACAGACUGAAUGACUGGAAACCAACAAAUGACAACUUCCGUUCUCUUACAAGGGAUGCUGGAAAGCUAAUUCAUAAAGACCUGCCGUUUGAAAUGCUGCGUGUUGAAGCAAAAGUAGCACGUGAAAUGUUUCAACAUAACAGAUGCAAAAUGGAGAUGAUAGAUCAAAAAGCUUCUCAGAAUAUGGAAGGAAUUGUAACAUUAUAUAGGUUUGGUGACUUUGUAGAUGUUAGUGAAGGCCCUCAUAUUCCAAGGACAAGUUUCUGUUUCCAGUAUGAGAUAACGGCAGCCCAUAAUCUUCAGACUAAUCAAUCUGAGCUGAUAAGAAGGUUCCAGGGUGUGUCCCUGCCAAUCCAUUUGAAGGCUCACCACACCGUGUGGCACAGGCUGCUGGAAAGAUCGAAGAGGCUGGUCACUGAAGAAAAAUAUUUGGAAGCAGCAGCAGAAUGUCAUGAGACAAAAAGUGGAACUGAAGAAGGAAAAACUGUAUCAAUUUAA